AUGUCGCAGCGCUUUGCGCCCUUGUCGUUCGAAACUCGGCCCAAGAUGGCGGCGGCGGCCGGGAGCGCGGCCGAAGCGGCGGCGGCGGCCAGGUUGGAGGGGGCGGAGGGAGAGGAGGAGGAGACGGCGGCCGCGGCGGCGGAGGAGGAUGAGGAGGACGGGGAGAAAGACGGCGGCGGGGCGGGCAAAGCGGCGGGUGCUGCGGCAGCAGUUGGCGGGGAGGCUGGCGGCGGCGAGAGCGAGGAGGACGACGAGGAGGGGGAGAAUGUGUUCGAGGUGGAGAAGAUCCUUGACGUGAAGAACGAGGGGGGUAAAACUCUCUAUAAAGUCCGGUGGAAAGGAUACACCUCUGAUGAUGAUACCUGGGAACCAGAGUUUCACUUGAAAGCCUGCAAAGAAGUGCUUCUUGAAUUCAGAAAAAAGAUUGUGGAUAAUAAGCCUAAACCUGUUAAAAAAGACAUACAGAAACUGUCUCUAAAUGAUGAUAUAUUUGAAGCAGAGUCUGACAGCGACUGGCAAAGUGAAACAAAAGAUGAUGUUUCACCAAAGAAGAAAAAGAAGAAGUCAAAAGAGGGAGAAGAUAAAAGUUCAGAUGACCUGAAGAAGAAAAAAUCUAAGUCUGCAAAACUCAAGGAAAAACCCAGAACAGAAUGUGAGAACUCCUCAGAUACUUUGGUUUUAGAUUCAAAGGCAAAAAAGAGGGCUUCAGAAACUAAGGAAGAUUCAAAGGACCCAAAGAAGCAGAGAAAAGAAGAUACUAAAGAAAUCAAGAAAAAGAAGGGAGAAGUUAAAGAUUCAAAAAUAAAAUCUAAAGAAGAUUCUAAAGAAAAUAAACAAUCACAGAAGGAGAAGCAUGGAGAGGUUCAGUUUGAAUCAGAAUCAAGCACUGUAGAUUACUCAGUUUAUCGAGGAACUGAUAAUGAAAAUUCAAACAUAAAUUCUGAAAAUAAAGACGAGAAACAAAAGGUAGCAAGUGAAGAAGAGAGAUUGGAACAAGAAAUUGAUGAAAAAGAUGCCAUAACUGAUAAAUAUCUUGAUGGCUCAGCUAGUAAUGAGGAUGACAGUAUUGAUACUAGGGCUAAAAGAAAGAAGAAAAAAAUUCAGAAAGUAGAAGACUGUAGAGAAGAAGGUGGAAAAGUAGAAAUUCAGGAUACUCAUUUAGAGAAGAAGAGCACGCACAAAAAGCAAACAGGUCAAGAAAAAGUACCAGGAGAGCUGGAGAAAGUGUCACCUGUUCCUUCACCAGUGCAGAAGGGUUUGAAAUUGAGCUCUGCUGAAAGGGUGUGCAAGCCCACUGAUUCUCCUGAGGAGGAAAGAGAAGUAAAGAAAACCGAAAUUAAAGAAAAAUCUCAAAAAAAAGAGUCUGAAAAAGAAGAAAAAGUCAGAAAAGAACAGAAGGUUCUAAAAAAUGGCAAGCAGCAAGUUCUGAGUUUGGGUAUGGACAUGCAGUUAGAAUGGUUGACACUAGAAGAAUUCCAGAAGCAUCUUGAUGGAGAAGAUGAGAAUCAUGUACCAACAGAACCAAUAUCAAGUACUCUCUUGAGAGAUGCUGUUAAAAGUGGAGACUACAUGACAGUGAAAAUGGCGCUUUCUUCAAAUGAGGACUAUAAUUUGGAUCAAGAGGACUCAAGUGGAAUGACCCUGGUAAUGCUUGCUGCUGCUGGAGGGCACGAUGACCUUCUGCGGGUGCUGAUCAGGAAAGGAGCUAAAGUUAAUGGGAGACAGAAAAAUGGAACAACUGCAUUGAUACAUGCAGCUGAAAAGAAUUUUCUAACAACAGUAGCUAUUCUUCUGGAAGCUGGAGCAUAUGUGAACAUGCAGCAGAGCAGUGGUGAAACUGCCUUAAUGAAGGCUUGUAAAAGAGGGAAUUCUGAUAUAGUUCGGCUCAUGAUUGAAAGUGGAGCAGACUGCAACAUUUUGUCCAAGCAUCAGAACAGUGCCAUGCAUUUUGCUAAACAGUGCAAUAACAUAACGGUGUACGAGCAGCUCAGGAACCACUUGGAAAAGCUCUCAAAAGUAGCAGAAGAUACUAUCAGGGGUUAUUUUGAAGCUCGCCUUGUUUUGCUGGAGCCAGUGUUCCCACUUGCGUGUCAUCGUCUCUGCGAAGGGCCAGACUUUUCUUUGGAUUUUAACUAUAAACCUCCACAAAAUGUGCCAGAAGGAUCUGGAAUUCUUCUCUUUAUUUUCCAUGCAAAUUUCAUUGGGAAAGAAGUUCUUGCUCGGCUCUGUGGACCAUGCAGUGUACAAGCUGUGAUUUUAAAUGACAAAUUCCAGCUCCCUGUAUUUUUGGACAGUCACUUUAUUUAUUCCUUCAGCCCUACUGCAGGCCUUAACAAGCUUUUCAUACGGUUGGCAGAAUCUCCUACUGCCAAGGUAAAGCUGCUCAUAGGGGCUUACAGAGUGCAGCUGCAGUGACCUCUGAGCAUGCCGAGUGGACUGACACUUUUUUGGAUAUACUUCUGAUUCCUCUGUUCAGAGACUGACAAAGCAGUUUGGAACUUUUUGGCACCACACUCUGAAGUCUCAGUUCCCAGCUUGCUGCCACUCGUUGGCAGUCACAGGAAGAGUGUGUUGGAGAGCAGUUGAAUAGGCUGCACUGGUGGGACAGGGUUAUCAGCAUUUUUUACUUUGUACAGAUGUAGAUGUAAGUAUUUGUGCCAAUACAUAUAAUUCUGUUUUUCUUUAACUUGUGGAGUCCAGACUGCAUAUUUCAGCUUUUCCACAAUGUGGAAUGGUGCAUAUAAGAACUAUUUAAGGUAAUUACAUGAAAUGUCUUUUUUAAAGAUCUUCAUUUGUAAACUAAAGUUUUCUACUUACUCUAGUGUUUCUCUGUGAAAUGCAGAACUGUCAUAUUAUUGGAGCCAUGGGCAGAAAUUACACUUUAAAAUUAUUGCAUUAGGUUUAACUUUUAAAUUGCUGAGGGCUGUGUUCUGGUUUAAAACUGCUCCUGUUAUUGUCUCUCAGUUAGAGUUAUGCUUAGUGAUUCCCUUUGAACUAACAGAGUUCAGUCUGCAGGCAUGAACAAAGACAUCUGAACAGGCUCAGUUCACAGAAGGGUUGCAGUCAGGUUCCCAGGUAAAUCACUGGUUAAGCCUGCUUUGGUAUUAGAGAAGCAGUCGAUAGUUUUACAAACAUCUUAACUUUUGAGGUCUUAGGUGACAUCUGGAAAAACAAACACAAGCUGAAAAUAGCAAACCAGAAAGCUUGUAACUGCCUUCAGUGUCCAGGCAGAGAUUUUUGUAGACAAGAAGAUACAUAGAGAAUUUCAGAUGUCCUCAGCCUGACAGAUGACAGAACAUGUGUUGUCCUUUACUUCAGAAAUUCAGUUCCUCAGUACAAAAAGCUGCUAUCUUUUUAUUUUAUUAUUAUUAUUAUAUUAUUAUUUUAUUUAAAUUACUCAUCAGAUGACAGCAGUUUUGAA